AUGAUCUUGACCACCACAUUCGUGUGCUUCUGCCUGGCCUCGGCCUUCAACUACUUCAGGACCUGUCGGCAGAGAGGACUGAUCAGGAAUCUCAAAGGACCCUUCACCUGGCCACUGGUGGGAUCAAUGCACAAGCUGCUGUUCCUCAAGCCAAAAAAUUUCUUUCAGCGCAGCACAGAGUAUCUCACCAAAUAUGGUUCUUUGAGCCGUUGUUGGAUAUUCCAUCGGCUUUUUAUACCCUUAGCUGAUCUGGAGCUCAGCAGACAGCUUUUAGAAAGUGAAAACCACUUGGAGACGGGAUAUGAGCUGAUGAAGGAUUGGCUGGGAGGCGGUGUUCUAAUGUGUCAGUCGGAUCAGUGGCAAAAAAGACAUCUACUUAUCAGCGGGCUCUUUGGCAAAGGGAAUUCGAUUCAGCUGAUGGAAUUAUGUCGCCAACAGGCGCAGAAAUUGCAGCAAAAUUUAUUGGAAUUGGCAGACCAAAAGGUGUUUAAUAUUUGGGAAGUUGUGGCUCCCAAUGUCUUAGAGGUGAUGGUGAAAAUAAACUGCGGUUUAAGUCCCAGUGAAGAAUAUUCCAAGAACAUAGCAGAUUUAUCAGAGCUCUAUAGAAAACGUUUUUUAAGCCUACAAUCAGCCAAUAGAUUCAACUAUUGGCUAAGCUCUCCCUUUAUGAGAAGCCUUCAAAAUCGACUAAUAAAAAGACUGAACGAGGAACAUAGGGAUUUAAUCACUAGAUACCAAACACAAAAGGAUCUUAAGAUAGGCAAUGGUUUGGUUCUCGAUCAUCAAAAACCGCUUCCUCAAAAGUGGCAUGAAUCUCUGUUGGAGAUUCUUUUAGAAAGUAAAGAUCCCACGUUAACAAUUGAGGAAAUCUGCGGCGAACUAAACACCUGUAAUUACUUGGGUUAUCUGCUCUGCAGUUCAGCACUUUGUUUUUCCCUGGUUACAAUUGCAAGAAAUCCCUCAGUGCAACAAAAGUGUUUGGAUGAGUUAAAUCAAGCUCAGAUCAAAGAUCAAGGAUGGGACUUGGAGAAGCUUUCUUAUUUAACAGCUGUGAUACAGGAAACCCUGCGACUCUAUCCCCCACAAAUUAUAGUUGGCCGCCAGCUUAAAAAGGAUUUUCCCUACACACACAGUAUUGUUGGAGAUGGAGAUCUGCCUUAUGGUUCUGAGAUUUAUAUCAAUCUCUUUGAACUUCAGCGCAAUGAAAACCGAUAUCCAAAAGCCAAAAACUUUGAAGCUGAGCGAUUUUUAAACUCUCCUCCAGAACUUUUGAGUUUUAGUUUGGGACCUCGCUGUUGUCCAGCCAGAAAUUUGAGUUUAAAUCUUCUAAAGACUCUUUUAGCUCCAAUUAUUACUCACUUUGAACUGUUACCCUACGGCGAUGAGAUAAGAUUGGAUCUGCGGUUAAUUUUGGGAUCAUCAAAUGGAUUCCAGUUGGCUUUGAAGCCACGAUAG